AAAGGCGGCCAUUGGGCCCGAGGCAGCCAGGGAAAGUGUGGGCCUCCCUGGUACGGUCUCCGAGGGCUGACCGCUGCCGCUGGCGGGUCGUGGGAGCUGACCGCCGCUCUGCCCUUGAGGGGAGAGGCUGCUUCGUGUACAGGAAACAGCUUUGAAGUGUGGAGCAGGAAAGGAGCAGUUUCUGAGCUGCAAAAACUAGUUUCUAAACAGAGUUAAUUGUUAAAGCCAGUAUGGCCACAGGAGGGGGUCCUUUUGAAGAUGCCAUGAAUGACCAGGAUUUGCCAAACUGGAGCAAUGAGAGUGUUGAUGACAGGCUCAACAAUAUGGAUUGGGGUGGCCAACAGAAGAAGGCAAAUAGAUCAUCAGAAAAGAACAAGAAAAAGUUUGGUGUAGAAAGUGAUAAAAGAGUCACUAAUGAUAUUUCUCCGGAGUCAUCACCAGGAGUUGGAAGGCGAAGAACAAAGACUCCACAUACGUUUCCACACAGUAGAUAUAUGACUCAGAUGUCUGUCCCAGAGCAGGCAGAAUUAGAGAAACUGAAACAGCGGAUUAACUUCAGUGAUUUAGAUCAGAGAAGCAUUGGAAGUGAUUCUCAAGGUAGAGCAACAGCUGCUAACAACAAACGUCAGCUUAGUGAAAACCGAAAGCCCUUCAACUUUUUGCCUAUGCAGAUUAAUACUAACAAGAGCAAAGAUGCAUCUACAAGUCCCCCAAAGAGAGAAAUGAUUGGAUCAACACAGUGUAAAGAGUUACUUGCUUCUGCUUUAAGUAAUGACCUCUUGCAAAACUGUCAGGUCUCUGAAGAAGAUGGGAGGGGAGACCCUGCUAUGGAGAGCAGCCAGAUUGUAAGCAGGCUUGUUCAAAUUCGUGAUUAUAUUACUAAGGCUACUUCCAUGCGGGAAGAUCUUGUGGAGAAAAAUGAGAGGUCUGCUAAUGUUGAGCGCCUUACUCAUCUAAUAGGUCACCUUAAAGAACAAGAGAAGUCAUAUAUGAGAUUUCUUAAAAAAAUUCUUGCUAGAGAAAAGGAGGAGGAGGAUGUUCGGACUAUAGAUUCAGCUGUGGGAUCUGGUUCUGUAGCUGAGAGCACAUCGCUAAACAUAGAUGUGCAGUCUGAGGCUUCAGAUACCACGGCCAGAGAUACUCAGCAGGAGCCUAUGGAAGAGAUAGAAAAUUUGAAGAAACAACAUGAUUUAUUAAAAAGAAUGUUACAACAGCAGGAGCAACUGAGAGCUCUCCAGGGACGGCAGGCUGCACUACUAGCUCUGCAACAUAAAGCAGAGGAAGCUAUUGCAGUGAUGGAUGAUUCUGAAAAGAUUGCAGGGACAACUGCUGGCCAUCAAAUUAUAUCGUGCAGACAGCCAGAUCGCUCUCCUUUUCAUCAGAAAAUACCCUUAAGAGUUGCAGAAACUGCAGGCAGCGUAUCUGGUGUCAGUAUCACAUCUGAACUAAAUGAAGAAUUGAAUGAUUUAAUUCAGCGUUUUCACAAUCAGCUUCGAGAUUCUCAGCCUCCAGCUGUUCCAGACAAUAGAAGACAGGCAGAAAGUCUUUCAUUAACUAGGGAGGUUUCCCAGAGCAGGAAUCCGUCAACUUCAGAACAUUUACCUGAUGAGAAAGUCCAACUUUUUAGCAAAAUGAGAGUGCUACAGGAAAAGAAACAAAAAAUGGACAAAUUGCUUGGAGAACUUCAUACACUUCGAGAUCAGCAUCUGAACAAUUCAUCAUCCUCUCCACAAAGGAGUGUGGAUCAAAGAAGUACUUCAGCUCCAUCUGCUCCUGUAGGCUUGGCACCAGUUGUCAAUGGAGAAUCCCAUAGCCUCCCAUCAUCUGUUCCUUAUCCUGCUGCUUCUCUAGUCUCUCAGAAUGAGAGUGAAAAUGAAGGCCAUCUUAAUCCAACUGAAAAACUCCAGAAGUUAAAUGAAGUUCGAAAGAGAUUAAAUGAACUAAGAGAGUUAGUUCACUAUUAUGAACAAACCUCAGACAUGAUGACAGAUGCCGUGAAUGAAAACAGGAAAGAUGAGGAAACUGAAGAGUCAGAAUAUGAUUCUGAGCAUGAAAAUUCCGAGCCUGUUACUAACAUUCUAAAUCCACAAGUAGCUUCCACCUGGAAUGAAGUAAAUAGUAAUAGUAAUGCACAAUGUGUUUCUAAUAAUAGAGAUGGGAGAGCAGUUAAUUCUAAUUGUGAAAUUAACAACAGAUCUGCUGCCAACAUAAGGGCUUUAAAUGUGCCUCCUUUAGCAGAUUGUCGAUAUAACAGAGAAGGGGAACAGGAGAUUCAUGUUGCACAAGGUGAAGAUGAUGAGGAAGAGGAGGAAGAAGCAGAAGAGGAGGGAGUCAGUGGAGCUUCAUUAUCUAGUCACAGGAGCAGUCUGGUUGAUGAGCAUCCAGAGGAUGCUGAAUUUGAACAGAAGAUCAACAGACUUUUGGCUGCAAAACAGAAACUUAGACAGUUACAAGAUCUUGUUGCUAUGGUACAGGAUGAUGAUGCAGCUCAUGGAGUUAUCUCUGCCAAUACAUCAAAUUUGGAUGAUUUCUACCCAGCAGAAGAAGACACCAAGCAAAACUCAAAUAACACUAGAGGAAAUGCCAAUAAAACACAGAAGGAUACUGGAGUAAAUGAAAAGGCAAGAGAGAAAUUUUAUGAGGCUAAACUACAGCAGCAACAGAGAGAGCUAAAACAGUUGCAAGAAGAAAGAAAGAAACUGAUUGACAUUCAGGAGAAAAUUCAAGCAUUGCAAACGGCAUGCCCUGACUUACAGCUGUCAGCUGCUAGUGUGGGUAAUUGUCCCACAAAAAAAUAUAUGCCAGCUGUUACUUCAACCCCAGCUGUAAAUGAACAUGAGACCAGUACAGUCAAAUCUGUUUUUGAGGCUGAAGAUUCUUCAAUAGUAGAUAAUGAGUUUUGGUCAGAAGUGAGAAGACAUGAAAUGUUGAGGGAAGAGCUGCGACAGAGAAGAAAGCAGCUUGAAGCUCUGAUGGCUGAACAUCAGAGGAGGCAAGGUCUGGCUGAAACUGCAUCUCCAGUGGCUGUGUCAUUGAGAAGUGAUGGAUCUGAGAACCUGUGUACUCCUCAGCAGAGUAGAACGGAUAAAACAAUGGCAACUUGGGGAGGAUCUACCCAGUGUGCACUAGAUGAAGGAGAUGAAGACGGUUACCUUUCUGAAGGAAUUGAUCGGACAGAUGAAGAGGAGGAAGAAGAGCAAGAUGCCUGUUCCAAUGAUAACUUUUCUGUAUAUCCUUCUAACAGUGUGAAUCAUAACUCCUACAAUGGAAAGGAAACUAAAAAUAGGUGGAAGAACAAUUGCCCUUUUUCAGCAGAUGAAAAUUAUCGUUCUUUAGCCAAGACAAGGCAACAGAAUAUCAGCAUGCAACGGCAAGAAAACCUUCGUUGGGUGUCAGAGCUCUCUUAUGUAGAAGAGAAAGAACAAUGGCAAGAACAAAUCAAUCAGCUAAAGAAACAGCUUGAUUUUAGUGUUAAUAUUUGUCAGACUUUGAUGCAAGACCAGCAGACUCUGUCAUGUCUGCUACAAACUCUUCUCACGGGUCCUUACAGUGUUAUGCCCAGCAAUGUUGCAUCUCCUCAAGUACACUUGAUAAUGCACCAGUUGAACCAGUGCUAUACUCAGCUAACAUGGCAGCAGAAUAAUGUUCAGAGGUUGAAACAAAUGCUAAAUGAACUUACGCACCAACAAAAUCAGCAUCCAGAAAAACCUGGAAGCAAGGAAAGAGGCAGUAGUGCAUCGCACCCUCCUUCCAGUUUAUUUUGUCCUUUCAGCUUUCCAGCACAGCCUGUAAAUCUCUUUAGUAUACCUGGAUUUGCUAACUUUUCAUCAUUUGCACCAGGUAUGAAUUUCAGCCCUUUAUUUCCUCCUAAUUUCGGAGAUUUUUCUCAGAAUAUCUCUACGCCUAGUGAACAGCAGCAACCCUUAGCCCAGAAUUCUUCAGGAAAAACAGAAUAUAUGGCUUUUCCAAAACUUGAAAGCAGUUCAUCUAUUGGAGCAGAAAAACCAAGGAAUAAAAAACUGCCUGAAGAGGAGGUGGAUAGCAGUAGGACACCAUGGUUAUAUGACCAAGAAGGUGAAGUACAGAAACCAUUUGUCAAGACUGGAUUUGCAGUGUCUGUAGAUAAAGCUACAAAUAGUAACCACAAAAAUCAAUCAGAUACAAAUGGGAGAAGAUGCCAGUUUGAUGAAGAAUCAUUGGAAAGCUUUAGCAGUAUGCCUGAUCCAGUAUAUCCAGCAACAGUGACUAAAACAUUCAAGACGAGAAAAGCAUCUGCACAGGCCAGCCUGGCAUCUAAAGAUAAAACUCCCAAGUCAAAAAGUAAGAGGAAUUGUGCUCAGUUGAAAAGCAGAGUUAAAAACAUAAGGUAUGAAAGUGCCAGUAUGUCUAGCACAUGUGAACCUUGCAAAAGUAGGAACAGACAUUCAGCCCAGACUGAAGAGCCUGUUCAAGCAAAAGUAUUCAGCAGAAAGAAUCAUGAACAACUGGAAAAGAUAAUAAAAUGUAAUAGGUCUACAGAAAUAUCUUCAGCACAUGCUAGGAGAAUACUACAGCAGUCUAACAGAAAUGCAUGCAAUGAAGCGCCAGAAACUGGAAGUGAUUUUUCCAUGUUUGAAGCUUUGCGGGAUACUAUUUAUUCUGAAGUAGCCACAUUAAUUUCUCAGAAUGAAUCUCGUCCACAUUUUCUUAUUGAACUCUUCCAUGAGCUUCAGCUACUUAAUACAGACUACUUGAGACAGAGGGCUUUAUAUGCAUUGCAGGAUAUAGUAUCCAGACAUAUUUCUGAGAGCCGUGGAAAAGGAGACAAUGUAAAGUCAGUAAACUCUGGUACUUGGAUAGCAUCAAACUCAGAACUUACUCCCAGUGAGAGCCUUGCUACUACUGAUGAUGAAACUUUUGAGAAGAACUUUGAAAGAGAAACACAUAAAAUAAGUGAGCAUAAUGAUGCUGAUAAUGCUAGUGUCCUGUCUGUAUCAUCAAAUUUUGAGCCAUUUGCAACAGAUGAUCUAGGUAACACCGUGAUUCACUUAGAUCAAGCAUUAGCCAGAAUGAGGGAAUAUGAACGUAUGAAGACUGAGGUUGAAAGUAACUCAAAUAUGAGAUGCACCUGCAGGAUUAUUGAGGAUGAAGAUGGUGCUAGUGCAAGUACUACAGUUAAUAAUUUAGAAGAAACUCCCAUUAUUGAAAAUCAUAGUUCACAACAACCUACAAGUGAAGUUUCUACCAUCCCAUGUCCUAGAAUUGAUACUCAGCAGCUGGACCGGCAAAUUAAAGCAAUUAUGAAAGAAGUCAUUCCGUUUUUGAAGGAGCACAUGGAUGAAGUAUGCUCCUCACAGCUUCUAACUUCAGUAAGGCGCAUGGUUUUGACCCUUACCCAGCAAAAUGAUGAGAGCAAAGAGUUUGUAAAAUUCUUUCAUAAACAGCUUGGAAGUAUAUUACAGGAUUCACUGGCAAAAUUUUCUGGCAGAAAACUGAAAGACUGUGGAGAAGAUCUUCUUGUAGAGAUAUCUGAAGUGUUAUUCAAUGAAUUGGCUUUCUUUAAGCUUAUGCAAGAUUUGGAUAAUAAUAGUGUAACUGUUAAACAGAGAUGCAAAAGGAAAAUAGAAGCAGCUGGAGUGAUACAGUCUUAUGCCAAAGAGGCAAAAAGGAUUCUUGAAGAUCAUGGCUCACCUGCCGGAGAGAUUGAUGACGAAGACAAAGACAAGGAUGAGACUGAAACAGUUAAACAGACUCAAACAUCUGAGGUGUAUGAUGGUCCCCAAAAUAUAAGAUCUGAUAUUUCUGAUCAAGAGGAAGAUGAAGAAAGUGAAGGAUGUCCAGUGUCUAUUAAUUUGUCUAAAGCUGAAACUCAGGCUUUAACUAAUUAUGGAAGUGGAGAAGAUGAGAAUGAGGAUGAAGAAAUAGAAGAAUUUGAAGAAGGCCCUGUAGAUGUCCAGACUUCCCUGCAGGCUAACACCGAAGCUACCGAAGAAAAUGAACAUGAUGAUCAGGUUCUACAGCAUGACUUUGAAAAGACAGCAGAAAGCAGAAAUGUCCCAUUGGAACAAGAAGCCACCAGUAAAGAUGACCAAGAUAGCUCUCCUGUGAAACCCUGUUACCUCAAUAUCUUGGAAAAUGAGCAACCUUUAAAUAGUGCUGCCCAUAAGGACUCACCUGCUACUGUUGAUUCACCUCAACAACCUAACCCUUUGCCGUUACCUUUACCUGAAAUUGAAACCUUAGUGCCUAGAGUCAAAGAAGUUAAAUCUGGUCAGGAAACUCCUGAAAGCUCUCUGGCUGGAAGUCCUGAUACUGAAUCUCCAGUGUUAGUGAAUGAUUAUGAAGCAGAAUCUGGUAAUAUAAGUCAAAAGUCUGAUGAAGAAGAUUUUGUGAAAGUUGAAGAUUUACCACUGAAACUGACAAUAUAUUCAGAGGCAGAUCUCAGGAAGAAAAUGGUAGAAGAACAACAAAAAAACCACUUAUCUGGUGAAAUAUGUGAAAUGCAUACUGAAGAAUUAGCUGGAAAUUCUCAGACACUAAAAGAACCUGAAACAGUGGGAGCCCAGAGUAUAUGAGAUGUCUUCAGAGGCUCAUCUCUCUCUUUACAUAGUCAGUGCAUAUAUGAAAACAAUACUAAAUAAACAUGUUUUGAUCUGUAUAAAAAUGUAAAUUAGUUUGACACUGCAUUUUUGAUAGGUGUGGUAAUUUGUGCCCAUGGUUAUUAAAAACAUCAGAAACUCAAUUCUGGACAAAUUUAAGCCUUGAUAUACUGUGGGGUUUCAUUGAGGGGGAGGGGGGUCUUUCUUCCCCAUUGUGAUAUUUGGUAACAAAUUUAAAAUGUAGUUUUAAAUAAAGUUUGGACUUAUCUAUAAAGUAUCUUUUUUGGAAAUUAUGUUGAAUUCUAUACAGCAAGUCAAUGUUUUAUAUAACUUUAGGCUGCUCAGAGAAGAGCAAUGGUUACGAGUUAGAGAAAUAUAUUAUUUAUUAUAAAGCCCAUUCAUUAGGCCAGUCAUCCAAACAGUGCCAGUGUUGCUGCUGUUGGGUCUGAUGUUCUUUUAGAUAACUGCAAGUCCUAUUCCUGUGCAAGAAUAGGGCAGAUUAUAAAGGUAUCCAGGAUACUUAUGAAGUUAUUAUAGAAUAUAUAUUAAUCCACUGAAAUUAGAUAACAAGUUUAGAACAUAGGUUCUCAGUAUCUAAAACUUAUUACAUCAUUAUCUGUUAGAUAAAUAUUUUCCGGAAUUUCAAAUCCUAUCUACGUCACCUCUGUCUGAAAGUAAAAAAAAUAAGCUUUAUAUAAUUAGAGAGAUUUCUGCACAGAGAAGUAACAUUGUGAUUUUUAAAUGAAAAACUUAACUUUUUAAAGUGGUGAUAAAUAGAACAAAAUUUAUAUAAUAGUAAGAAUCUAUAUGCCUUCAGAUAAACUUGCCUUUUGAGAUGGUAAUUUAAGACCAAAGCAUAGUAGUUGCUUUUUUGUGUAGUGAGGGAGAAGCAGAUUUCCACAUAAAGUACUGAACAUUUAUGUGACUUUAAGUAUCGGCUUUGGAAAAAUGAUUUACUUUUUAUCCCAAAUUGUCCAUAUACACAGUAAGGCUUCAAAAAACCAGUUAACAGUGAGUAAGUCAACCUUACAGAUUCUUCCUUAAAUGUGAUGAAUUCGUUCCAAUAAGUAUGUUAACUUUGUUAACAACUGAAAUACCCCAUAAAAAAAGAACUUGUUGAGUAUUCCUUUAAAACUGUUACUUGCUGUAUACCUCAGUAUAAUGUCCAAUCAAGGAGUAUUAAAUGAGGAUUUCCCUACAAGGAUAUUUACUGUAUUGCUACUUAUAUUAUGGAAGACAAUAUAUCAACUUUAAUAAAACCUAUUCGGAAAAUUACCAAUUCAGAAUUAGGAAUUCUUACCAAGUGGUCUAACUUCGGGGAAAUUGGAAUAGUAAGUUAUGUUACAUGCACACUAAAAUUCUGUAUUUUCUAGACUUGAAGCAAAAAGGGUAAAAACUUUGUUUUGGUACUCAAGCCAAGCCUUACAUAUUGCGGCUCUCUCUCUCUCUCUCUCUCUCUGCAUGCAUAUUAAAGGUAAACUAGAAAUUGUAUUUAUAUCUUAGUUAUUACUAUAGUACUUAAAAACCUUAUCAGAUUGCUUAUUUGACUUGUGUUAUAGCUGCUAUAAUCUAAGUCUACUGUUUUUUCUAUUUUAGUAGAUAAUUUAGUUUUAAAAUACCUAGGGUUUGAAAGCAGAUGGAUUUAUUUAAUCUGUUUUCUCUAGUAACUAUUGCUGAAGGAUUAGGCAUUAAAUAUUCCUAUUUGUUCUAAUUUUGAAAUUAAAAACUUUGGUUAGAGAUAGAGGGAGAAAAGGUCAAAAUGAGUGAGAGAAACGUUACGCAGAUUGAGAUAAUGCCUAAACGAAUGAUCUGGCCAGACUGUGGAGGUACUCUUUGUAUUUUGUAACAUUCACUUUGGGUAAAUGCUUUUUCACUGUUAAUAAAUAUAUAUCCUGUAUACAA